UGUGUUUCCUUUUCCCUCUCUCAAACAGCUCCUCUUUAAUGCUCUUCUCCUCUUAGUGCUCGCUCCAUCAUGCUGCGCGUCACUCUCCGGAAAGCUUGCAGCGGCGCGAGGUGCGCGCGGUCGAACUUCUCGACUCUCGCCGGCACGUCUCCCGCGACCUCAAUCGCCUCGAAACAACGAGCUCUAGGGGCUGUCCCUCGGUUUCAGCAGCAUCGCCGCUAUGCUCUUGCGGCUUCAGAUACCGACAAAGGCGUGGACCCCAACGACUCCUUCCUACAGGGCAAUACCGCCAACUAUGUCGAUGAGAUGUACCUGUCGUGGAAGCACGACCCUUCCAGUGUCCAUAUCUCAUGGCAAAUCUACUUCCGGAACAUGGAAGAGGGCGGCAUGCCCGUGUCGCAGGCCUUCCAACCACCUCCGACCAUCGUCCCUGCACCACACGGCGGCUUGGGCCCAGCGCUGGGACCUGGCUUGGGCAUGACAGCUGGCGAAGGCAACGAUGUCCUGAACCACUUGAAAGUCCAGCUUCUCGUCCGCGCCUACCAGGCUCGAGGACACCACAAGGCCAAGAUCGACCCUCUAGGCAUUCGGACGGAGGCGGAACAAUUUGGAUACAGCAAGCCGCCCGAACUCGAGCUAUCCCACUACUCGUUCACGGAAAAGGACCUUGACCAGGAGUUCACUCUCGGUCCGGGUAUUUUGCCAAGGUUUAAAACAGACACGCGGACAAAAAUGACACUGAGGGACAUCAUCUCAGCUUGCGAGCGGUUGUACUGUGGAUCAUACGGUAUCGAAUACAUCCAUAUUCCUGACCGCGAACAGUGCGAUUGGCUACGUGAGCGAGUGGAGAUUCCUAUGCCAUACAAAUACUCCGUAGACGAAAAGCGCCGAAUUUUGGACCGUCUUAUCUGGGGAACAAGCUUCGAGAACUUCUUGGCCACGAAAUACCCGAACGACAAGCGGUUCGGUCUGGAAGGUGGCGAGAGCUUGAUUCCUGGCAUGAAAGCUCUUAUCGAUCGCAGUGUCGACUAUGGCGUCAAGGACAUCGUCAUUGGAAUGCCUCAUCGUGGACGUCUCAACGUGCUGAGUAACGUGGUCCGGAAACCGAAUGAGUCGAUCUUCAGCGAAUUCGCUGGUAGCGCUGAUCCUUCCGACGAGGGCUCCGGAGAUGUCAAAUAUCAUCUGGGUAUGAACUUCGAACGUCCCACGCCAUCAGGAAAGCGUGUCCAGCUCUCCCUUGUCGCCAAUCCUUCACAUUUGGAAGCCGAGGAUCCCGUCGUGCUCGGAAAGACUCGCGCUAUUCUCCAUUACAACAACGAUGAGAAAGAGGCCAAGACUGCCAUGGGUGUUCUUCUUCACGGAGAUGCUGCGUUCGCCGGUCAAGGUAUUGUGUAUGAGACUAUGGGCUUCCAUUCCCUCCCGUCGUACCAUACUGGAGGCACCAUCCACAUCGUCGUCAACAACCAAAUCGGCUUCACUACCGAUCCUCGAUUUGCCCGUUCCACACCAUAUUGCUCUGAUAUUGCCAAGGCCAUCGAUGCUCCUGUGUUCCACGUCAACGGCGAUGAUGUCGAGGCGUUCAACUUCGUUUGCCAGUUGGCAGCCGAUUACCGUGCUGAGUUCAAGAAGGACGUUGUCAUCGACAUGGUGUGCUACCGAAAGCAAGGCCAUAACGAAACCGAUCAGCCUUUCUUCACGCAACCGCUAAUGUACAAGCGAAUCGCGAAGCAUCCCCCGGCGCUAGACACUUACGUCACCAAGCUCUUGGAAGAGAAGACAUUUACCAAGGAAGAUAUCGAAGAGCACAAGUCCUGGGUGUGGGGUAUGCUCGAUGAGAGCUUCACUCGCAGCAAGGACUACCAGCCGAAUGCCAAGGAAUGGCUCACUUCUGCUUGGAACGGAUUCAAGUCACCAAAGGAGCUUGCCACUGAAGUUCUGCCCCAUCUUCCGACCGCCGUCGAAAAGGAAAAGCUGGAUCACAUUGCUGAGACUAUUGGUGGCGCGCCGGAAGGCUUCACUGUACACAGGAAUCUAAAGCGUAUCCUUGCUGGCCGCACCAAGACCGUGAGUGAGGGCAAAAAUAUCGAUAUGUCGACUGCUGAGGCAUUGGCUUUCGGAACCAUCGCUAUGGACGGACACCACGUCCGAAUCUCGGGUCAAGAUGUGGAGCGUGGUACCUUCUCACAACGUCAUGCUGUUCUUCACGACCAGGAAACCGAAGCUACCUACACCCCAUUACAGCAUCUCGACAAGGAUCAGGCCACUUUCGUGAUUUCGAACUCAUCAUUGAGCGAAUUCGGAGUGCUUGGUUUCGAGUAUGGCUACUCCCUCUCUUCGCCAAAUGCUCUUGUUAUGUGGGAAGCACAAUUCGGUGACUUUGCCAACAACGCUCAAUGUAUCAUCGAUCAGUUCGUUGCGUCCGGUGAAGUCAAAUGGCUACAACGUACUGGUCUAGUAAUGAGCUUGCCACAUGGUUAUGACGGUCAAGGACCAGAGCACUCCUCGGGACGUAUGGAACGAUACUUACAGCUAUGUAACGAGGAUCCUAGAAUCUUCCCGUCUCCCGACAAACUCGAUCGCCAGCACCAAGACUGCAAUAUGCAGAUCGCCUACCUCACAAAGCCAUCCAACUACUUCCAUAUCCUUAGGAGACAAAUGAACCGCCAAUUUAGGAAACCUCUCAUUCUAUUCUUCAGCAAGAGUCUCCUCAGACAUCCCAUAGCGCGAUCAGACAUUGAAGAAUUCACUGGGGAAUCUCACUUCCAAUGGAUCAUUCCUGACGAGGGUCAUGCGACAGGCGAAAUUGAGUCACAUGAGAACAUUAAACGCGUCAUUCUUUGCUCUGGCCAAGUCUUCGCUGCGCUCCACAAGGAACGUGCUUCGCGCGGGCUCAAGGACGUUGCCAUUACUCGCAUCGAACAACUAAAUCCCUUCCCUUGGCAACAACUAAAGGAGAACCUUGACUCGUACCCCAACGCUCAGAACAUUGUCUAUUGCCAAGAAGAGCCACUCAACGCCGGUGCCUGGAGCUUCACUCAACCAAGAAUCGAGACCCUACUCAACAAUACCGAGCACCACAGCCGCAGGCACGUCAUGUACGCUGGCCGCAACCCCAGCGCCAGUGUGGCGACGGGUCUGAAGGCUGCUCACCAGAAGGAGGAGAAGGACUUGCUAGAAAUGGCAUUCUCCGUCAAACAGGACAAAUUGAAGGGCGAGUAGCUGUCGUCACUGCAAAUUAGGCGAUGAAACACGCGACUUGUACUAUGCGUGUGGGUCUUGAGUUUUGUAUUUACUCUACUUUCCUGGACCUUGUGCAUGCUUCUUUCUUAGAAUACGGGUUGGCUGGUCGUGUAUUUUGAACCGAGGUGCAAGCGGG